AUGCAGGAUAUCCUGCACCUUGAACUCGCCAAUGCGCUGCACAUCAGCACUGAGGAGUUGAACCUCGACCAAUCAUUCCUCGUGCAGGGUGGAGACUCCCUCUCAGCCGUUCAGUUCCUCAGUAAAUGUCGUCUGCGCGGUAUUCACAUCGACAUCGUGGAUACAGUGCAGUGCAAGACGCUUGCUGAACUUGUUGAACGCAUCAUCUCCAAGCAUGAGAGCAAUCCACAUAACCUUAUCCUCAACGAUCGCGUCGGGAACAGUGACACGAGCACUUCUUCAUCAAGCUCUGACGAUGCUGCUUCUGCUACGGGGUCUGAUAGCACUGAUACUGUUCCCGAUGUGAGAUUGAAGCAUCUAGCUCAAGAUCCUGCGAGGCAGAUUGAGAGUAUCGGUCCUUGCUCGUCUAUGCAGAAUCGUAUUCUCAUCAGUCAGGCUGUGAACCCAGCGGCGUACCAAUGCCGCUUUAUUCUCAGGAUCAAGUCGAGUGUACCAGACUCUUUGACAGCCUCACAUAUUGCAAACGCUUGGCCUCGCAUUGUUGCCCGCCAUUCAAGUCUUCGAACGACUUUUCUUGAGAGCGAGACUCGGCAGUCAACGUUUGACCAAGUUGUUUGGAUAGAAGUCAACCCCAAAGUCACCAUCCUCCAAGACGAAGCUCAAGUCAAAGCCGACGGAAUGCUGAACUCCUUUGAGAGCGGAAGUGUACCUCAUCACAUGUACAUCUACGCCGCCUCCUCUUCAGAACUCAUCCUGAGACUUGAAGUCUCACACGCCGUCAUCGACGGCCGAUCUGCAGAUGUUCUCCUCUACGACCUCUGCGCAGCAUACGAGAACCAACUCCCCGACACAAAAGCUAUGCCGUACACAGACUUUGUGCGCAUGGAGGAGGAGAGUUUUCAAGAUGUUGAGCGCAUUGCGGGUUAUUGGCAGAAUUACCUACGUGAUGCGGAGGAGACGUAUCUCGCUGGCGUGGGCAACAAGCCAAGAGCUGGUCUUCACACGCUUCAAGAUCGUGUUGACAUUCCGGCGGAAGAAGCUCGUCGCUUCUGCGAUGCUUACGGUGUUACCCUCGUGAGUGUCUGUCAGGUUGCUUGGAGUAUUGUUCUUCGUCUUUUUGCCAUGAAAGACGACGUUACCUUUUCUUACGUCAAUUCUGGUAGACAGACUGAUCUGCCUGGUAUUGACGGAGCGAUUGGUCUUUUCAUCAGCAGUUUGCUACUGCGGGUCAAGUUCAAAGACGACCCUACAGUCUUGGACAUGCUCAAGACUGUGACAGACGACGUCUUCCGAGGAAUGGCGCAUGACAAGGUUCCUCUUAUGGCAAAGGGAGCCAAGCUUCCUACGAGUCACAAAUGGGGAAACUCGAUUCUUUCGUUCCGAAAGGAGUGGAAGCCUAAGUCUACUGGCCACAAAGAGCUUGAGAUGAGCUUUUUGCGAGGUGUCAGCCCUACAGACGUAAGUACCCUACCUCGCUCCUCAUGUUGUAGCAAGAUACUAACAUGUGAUAACGCGGCCAAGAUGCUAAACUGCUUCCUCGAAGCAAUCCGCUUCAUCAUCGCCAACCCAUCCGCCAAAGUCAAUUCCUUCGAUGGUAUCUCCUCCAAAGACGCCCAGCAUCUGCGCGACGUCAAUGGUGAAGGCCGACAACCCGUUGCUUCGUGUAUACACACCCUCGUUCAAGAGGUUACAGACCGUCAGCCUGAUGCCAUGGCGGUGUAUGCUUGGGAUGGAACCAUGACCUACCGGGAGCUUGACACUGCGGCGAGCAGCCUUGCAGAACACCUUUUGAAGUUGAACAUUGGACCGGAGGUUAUGGUGGGCAUUUGUAUGGACAAGUCGCGGUGGGCGUCUGUCUCUAUGCUAGCUGUUCUAAAGUCUGGCGGAAUCGUUCUUCCCCUCGGCGCAGACCAACCACUCUCUCGUCUCCAAACUAUCCUCUCCGACACAAAAGCCCCCAUCAUCCUCGUUGACAACGCUCAGCUCAAUCGCCUCAAGGAUCUCGGCCCUCAACAACUCAUCGAAGUCAACGAAGCUCUCUUCCAAACCCUCCCCUCCGCUUCUCGCUCCGCUUGUACCACUGUUUCUACAGAUAACGCUGCUUGGGUCGUCUACACGUCCGGUAGCACGGGUACACCCAAAGGCGUGGUUCUUCAACACUCUGCGCUUUGCACGAGCAUUACAUCGCAUGGAACUGCCUUUGGCGUCAAGGGUGCGCGCGUGCUCCAGUUCGCUUCUCAUACGUUUGACGUGACGAUCCAAGAGGUCUUUACGACUUUGUGUAUGGGAGGCUGCGUCUGCGUGCCGUCAGAAGAUGAUCGCGUCAACCAUCUCCAGUCUUUCAUUUCCUCCGCCAAAGUGGACUUCCUCUCGCUGACUUCCACCGUCGCCGGCCUUCUCGACCCAUCUCAACUUCCAUUGAUCAAGACCGUAAUCCUCAUGGGCGAACCCGUCAAACCCGCCGUUCUCGAUCUCUGGAAAGACCAAGCCUCUGUUCUCGAAUCCUACGCCCCAUCUGAGUGCAGCAUCUACGCUACUGUAUCUCCCCAACCGAUGAAGCACAUCUCUCAGGUCUCUGUUCUCGGCAUUCCGCUGGCGAGUUGUUUCUGGGUCGUUGAUCCCAAGAAUUACAAUCGUCUCUGUCCUAUUGGCGCACCGGGAGAACUUCUCAUCGAAGGCCCGCUUCUCGCGAGGGGGUAUUUGAAUGAUGAGAUCAAGACGAACAAGUCGUUCAUUGUUGAUCCGGAGUUUGUGACCAAGUAUGACCUUGGGAGGAAUCGACGGAUGUACAGGACUGGUGAUUUGGUGAGGCAGAAUGAUGAUGGGGCGUAUACGACGCUGGGACGACAGGAUACGCAGAUUAAGAUCCGUGGACAGAGAGUUGAGGUUGAUGAGAUUGAGUAUCACAUAACUCGUCAUCCUUCUUCCAUCCAGGCUGUUGUUCUGUACGUUCAUGGCCAGCUUGUCGCUGCGUUCAGUCUCCCUAGCGAUGGUGCUGCGUACAGCGGUGCUGCGUUGGAUGGCGAGAACGCCGUCGACAAACCAGCUGCUAUGCUUGUAGCUUCUGAGGUCCAGCUCUACCUGUCGCAGUAUGUUCCUGACUACAUGAUUCCUCGACUCUGGAUCCCCAUGGCGAGCUUGCCCAUCAAUUCAUCUGGCAAAGCUGAUCGACGUCGCAUUUCCGAAUGGAUCAAGAAUCUCGACCUGUCCUCUUACUCUGACCUCGAGCAUCAGGUCGAAGACGGUCUCCAGGUGACAUCCACCGAGCGACAGCUGCGCGAGAUCUGGAGCAGUGUUUUGAACAAGCCCAUCAACCACAUCAGCUAUCGUCGCUCAUUCCUCUCCCUCGGCGGCGACUCCAUCACAGCGAUGCAAGUCGUUUCAGCCUGUCGCAAGCAAGGACUGAUCGUAACUGUGCGCCAAAUCCUCCAGAGCCCAGCUAUAUCCGAACUUGCGCUGCGAGUUAAAGAGGCGAGCGACAAAAUGGGCAACGAGCAACUCCCUAUUGAGAUCCCCGAUGAGCCCUUUGACCUCUCACCCGCGCAGAAGAUGUUCUUCCAAGAUAUCGCUCCCUCAGGUCUACGAGCAGAUGGACCUCAUCGCUUCAAUCAGAGCGUCUGUUUCCGCAUUCCCCAGAACGUUGCGGCAAACACGGUUGCUCGUGCGAUUGAGGCCAUGGUCACCAAGCACGCUAUGCUUCGCGCUCGCUUCCAGACUGAUCAAGACAGUAGUCAAGGUUGGCAGCAGCGUGUUGAGAAGCAGAUCAUGGGGUCUUACCGCUUCCAGACUCACAAGGUCGGCGACGAUGCUGCGACAGAGGACAUCAUCCGUCACUCGCAAGGGUCUUUGGAUCUUGAGUACGGACCUGUUUUUGCUGUUGACGUAUUUGAGAUGGAGGAUGGACAGUUGAUCAAUUUGACUGCGCACCAUCUUGUAAUUGAUCUCAUGUCUUGGAGAAUCAUUGCAGCUGAUCUUGAGCAUUUCUUGCGCUUUGAGACGCUGCAGCCCUCUUUGUCGCUGCCUUUCCCUACUUGGUCCAAGGCUCUCAUGAUCCAGGCCAAGACUGUUGCUGCGCCCGAGGACACGGUGGUUGAUACUUGGUCUUACUGGAGUCUUGAGCCUGGUUCUUUUGUUCGUGAAGACCAGAUCGUUGAGACCCUGACUAUUGAUCACGACACCAGCGCUCGAUUGCUGGGCCCUGCCAAUGAGCCGCUGCAAACUGGUGUCACGGACAUUCUUCUCGCUGCUCUGCAUCAGUCUUUCGCGGAUGUCUUUACCGACCGAUCAGCACCGACGAUCCACGUCGAAGGUCACGGCCGAGAUGUGGGCGGUGAUGUCUCUGAGACAGUUGGCUGGUUCACCACCGUAACUCCCCUCAAGGUCUCAAAUACCAGCAACACUGGCUUCAUUUCCAUCCUCCAACAAGUCAAGGACUUCCGCAAGCUCAACGCAGAUAACACUGCAAUCGAGUUCGCAGCCAAGUACAAGUCUUCUUCUACUGCCGGCACCUCUCCCCAGAAUCUCAUUGAGAUUCUCUUCAAUUACCACGGUCAAUUCCAACAACUCGAUCGCGCAGAUGGUCUUCUCAGCAUUCACAAGCUUCACUCAUCCGAGACUUCAAUCGGCGACAAAGUUCGAAAACAAGCCGCCAUCACAAUUGAAGUCUCCGUCGAUGCGGGUUGUGUUACUAUCAGUGUAGGAUUCAGCCGUCGCACGCCAAAGGGCGAUGAUGUUCGACGAUGGUUACAGCGCUAUGGAGAGGUGAUUACCUCUGCGGUAAGUGAGCUAAUGUAUACAGAACGAACCGCCACUACGAGUGAUUAUCCGCUUUCGCAUUUGAGCAGCACCGACCUUGUUGCGCUGAAGAAGCAUAUUCUCGAACCGACUAACAUUAGCUGGGAUGCUGUUGUAGAUAUCCUGCCUUGUUCUUCUACGCAGCAGGGUAUUUUUAUUAGUCAAUUGAAGUCUCCGACUACAUACCGAUUGAGACAGACAUGUCGCGUCAUACCCACAGACUCUCAGAGUGUGGAUGUCAAGAGGCUUGGAGAUGCCUGGCGACAAGUCGUCAGCAAUCACUCCAUCAUGCGCACCAUCUUCACCAUGGUUCCCUUCAACGACCGAUUCUACCAAGUCGUUCUCAAGUCCGUUGAGCCCGACAUCCGCUUCAUCACUUGCUCCUCUGAGACAGAGGUUCAAGAGUGUAUUGCAAGCCAUGCGCUUAUGGAGGAUCAUCUCGGUCGGCCAUCGCAUCGCUUCUUGGUUAUCUCGACAGAAGACGGCCAUGUAUACGGACACUUUGAGAUCAGCCAUGCACUCGUUGACGCAUCAUCCGUUCAGCUUCUCGUCAACACCCUCCUCCAAGCUUACGAGGGCGCUGCAAACAUUUCUGGCUCUGACUACGGUACUUACAUCUCGUUCCUAGAGCAAGGCUCCGAGGAAGACGACUUGCGCUACUGGGAGAAGCGUCUAGCCACCGUUGAGCCAUGUCAACUCCAACUCGGCGAGGACCUCACCACCUCCGAAGAAGACGUGGGCCAUUCCGUAUCCACAGCGAUGCAGGACAUGACCACCCUCCAGAAACUCUGCCAAUCCAACGACAUCACCCCCGCCAACGUGCUCCAACUCGCCUGGGCUCUCGUCCUUUCCUCCCGCACACAGCUUGAUGAAGUAUGCUUCGGCUAUCUCUCCAGUGGACGAGACAUUCCCAUCGACGGGGCAGAUACCCUCGUUGGACCGAUGAUCAACAUGAUCGUGUGCAACAUUGCGCUGGACUAUUCUCAAAGCAGCGUUGAUGCGAUGAAGGAUAUACAAGAUCGCUUCCUUGACAGCUUCGAGCAUCAGCGGGUGUCUUUGGCGACUAUUCAGCAUUCGCUGUCGAGUUCCCAGCAAUCCCUCUUCAACACGACUGUCUCUUACGUUCGGGCUCCAAAUCUGAGUGGUGGGGCGCGCAGCAUCCAGUCCAUUCGUUUGGAGAGGAUUGCAGCUGAUGAGUCUACCGAGUAUGACUUCAAUCUCAGCAUGUUAGAGACCGAGAGCGGCAUCGACAUCGCACUGCAGUACCUCCCUGGCGCCGCUUCCACAAAGACAGCCCAACGUCUUCUCAAUCACCUCAAGCAUGUUGUUCAGGUUCUCAGCACCAGUGAGACUACCUCUCUCCUGGGCGAUCUCGAUCUUGUCCCCGCAGAAGACAAGCAGACCAUCACGGAUAUCAACCGUGAGGUUCCAAAGUCUCUCAACUCUUGUGUCCAUCUCCUCGUCCAGGAAAUGACCAAUCGCCAACCCAACGCCCUUGCCUUCCAAGCAUGGGACGGAUCACUGACCUACCGCGAACUCGACCUCGCCGCUAGCACCUUGGCCAAGCACCUCAUGACAAAUCUCAACGUCGGGCCAGAAGUCAUGGUAGGUAUCUGCAUGGACAAGUCCAUCUGGGCAGCCAUGUCAAUGCUCGCAGUCCUCAAAGCUGGCGGUGUCGUUCUCCCACUAGGAGUCCAACAGCCUCUUUCUCGACUCCAGACCAUCCUCAAGGAUACGCAAGCUUCUGUUAUCCUCGUUGAUGCAAAACAGAAGGCUCGUCUGGCUGGUGUCGACUCAGAGCUCAUUGAAGUCAACCACCAGUUCAUGGAUGGUCUUGUCCCUGCUGAAUUCGGGCUCUCCAACUCUGAUGUGCAGCCUGAUAAUGCUGCUUGGGUCGUGUACACUUCUGGAAGUACUGGUGUGCCGAAGGGUGUUGUGUUGCAGCACUAUGCGUUGUGUACUAGUAUGCGAUCGCAUGGCGCAGCAUUCAGCCUCGUUCCUUCGUCUCGUGUGCUGCAAUUUGCUGCGUAUACUUUUGAUGUUACCAUUCAAGAGACGUUUACGACGCUUUACUAUGGAGGAUGUGUGUGCAUUCCUUCAGAGGAGGAACGUCUCAAUGACCUGGAGGGAUGUAUCGUGUCCAUGGACGUCAACUUCGUCUCCCUGACCUCAACAGUCGCUGGCUUGUUGUCGCCGUCCAAGAUGCCGCUGGUCAAGACCCUCAUCUUGAUUGGCGAGCCAGUCAAGCCUUCAGUCUUGGAUCUUUGGAUGCCACAGGCAGCAUGCUUGGAUGCAUACGGACCAUCCGAGUGCAGUAUCCAGAGUGCCAUCUCCCCCGAACCAAUGACAGAUCGUCGCCAAGCCAUGAUCUUGGGUAUACCAUUAGAGUCUUGCCGCUUCUGGGUCGUUGACUACCGCGACUACAACAAGUUGUGCCCCGUUGGUGUACCAGGUGAACUCCUCAUUGAAGGUCCUCAUCUCGCACGCGAGUAUCUCAACGACGCCACCAAGACCGCCAACUCUUUCAUCACUGAUCCUGCUUUCCUUUCCGAUCUUUGUCUCGAGUCUACCGGCCGUCGUAUGUAUCGCGCCGGUGACUUGGUGCGACAAAAUGACGAUGGAACAUACUCCAACCUAGGCCGACGCGAUCAACAGAUCAAGAUUCGCGGCAAGCGUGUUGAAGUCGGCGAGAUUGAGUAUCACAUCUCACGCCAUUCAUCCGGCAUUCGCGCCUGUGUCGUCUUUACCACCAGUGGAUCCAGUGAUGGUCAGCUCGUUACAGCAUUUAGUGUUCUUCACGAUGACAAGACUGCGCACGAUGAGACAGCGUACAACGGCAUCGCUGGUCGUGAUGGAAUCGAUACAACAGCUGCACUACUCCUCGCCUCCGAGAUUCAGAUGUAUCUCUCGCAGCAUAUCCCCGACUACAUGAUUCCUCGUCUCUGGAUCCCGAUGACUACACUACCCAUCAACUCGUCCGGCAAAGCUGAUCGCCGAGCUGUAACGGAGUGGAUCAACAGUCUAAGCCCAACCGAGCUGGCAUCUUAUUCUGAGCUUGAGAGCGCUGCUGAGGAAGCAUCGCUCAAUGUCACUCCCACCGAACAGAAGCUUCGCGAGAUCUGGAGCUCUGUUCUCAACGUCCCUAAUGUCGGCUACAGACGGUCCUUCAUGUCGCUUGGUGGCGACUCCAUUACUGCUAUGCAAGUCGUCUCUGCGUGCCGUGAAAUCGGGUUUGUCGUAACUGUUCGCGACAUUCUUCAGAGUCCUGCUAUUUCAGACCUUGCGACACGCGUCAAAGCUAGUGAUGGCGAGCUCUUCUCUGCUGAGAUCCCAGAUGGACCUUUUGAGCUUUCGCCUGCCCAGAAGAUGUUCUUUGAAAACAUUGCACCAGCUGGACUCAAGUCGGAGGGAUCGUUCCGCUUCAAUCAGAGCGUUUGCUUUCGUCUUCAAUCUGAGGGACGCAUUAGUGAGGAGUCUGUCGCUAAGGCUAUCGAGGCUGUAGUGGCGAAGCAUGCUAUGCUACGCUCUCGCUUUGUAUCCCAAGACCAAGGAUACCAGCAGUGGAUUGAGAAGCAAGUCCCCGGUUCGUACAGGUUUAAGUCUCACAACGCCGACGAUGAUACCGCUGUGCAAGCGAUCAUGCUCGAGUCGCAGAGCACUCUUGAUCUCGAACACGGCCCAGUCUUUGCAGCCGAGUUCAUCCAGACUCCAGAUCGCCAGCUUCUCUUCCUGACUGCACACCAUCUCGUCAUUGAUCUCAUGUCAUGGCGAAUCAUCGCCAAGGACUUGGAGCAGAUUCUCCAGAGUGGUUCUAUGGUCACCUCGCAGUCUCUUCCUUUCCCGACGUGGAGCAAUGCCGUACUCCGGCAGGCUCAGUCAAUGGACCUUGUCACUGAAACUGACACAACAGCAUCGUGGUCUUACUGGGGUCUUCAGGCAGGCGAGUACAUCACAGAAGAUCAAAUCUUCGAGACUGUCCAGUUAGACGAGCAGGUCACAUCUCAACUCCUCGGCCCAGCCAACGAGCCCUUACGCUCCGGUGUCGCAGACAUCCUCCUCGCCGCCCUAUCAACCUCUUUCCGCCACUCUUUCACCGAUCGUUCCGGCCCAUCAAUCUUCAUUGAAGGCCACGGCCGCGAUACUCAAGCUCUGGACAUGAACUACGACCUCUCUGACACAGUGGGAUGGUUCACAACCGUCACACCUCUCAACAUCACCUCUGAUGAAACCAACUUCAUCUCAACCCUGCGCCAAGUCAAGGAUCUUCGUAAAUUCAGCUCCGGUCGUGAAGUUCUCGACUUUGCAGCACAGCGUUCUAGACCUAUUGAAGUCCUCUUCAAUUACCACGGACAAUUUCAGCAACUUCAGCGCUCUGAUGGCCUUCUCACUCUUGACAAGCUUCAUCAGUCUGUUGGACAACUUGAUGCUUCUGUUGGUGGCAAAGUCCGACAACAUGCUGCUCUCAGCGUUGAGGUGUCAAUCGAUGAUGCGGGCAAGACGCAUCUCAUGGUUGGCUAUCCUCGUCAUAGUCCCAAGAGUCAAGCUAUCCGCGAUUGGCUUGGGCAGUAUGCGCGUGCUAUCACGCAAGGCGUUCAAGAGCUGGUCAUUUCUGAGCCGAUGUGUACGAUCAGUGAUUUCCUUCUCGCUCAACUGACCAACGACGACCUCGACACGCUGUACCAGUACUGUCUCACGCCAGGUUCCAUCUCCUGGGCGAAUGUCGAGAACGUUCUUCCAUGUUCGCCCAUUCAACAGGGUAUUCUUCUCAGUCAAUUGAGAGCUCCCUCCCGAUACCGUCUCAAGCAGACUUGUCACAUUCUCCCCGCCGAUCCUUCAUCGCCCGUCGACAUUGCGCGACUCGCAAAUGCCUGGCGACAAGUAGUUGGACAACAUUCCAUCAUGCGAACCAUAUUCACUGGCGCCUUGUCGCACCACGAUCGCUUCUACCAGGUCAUUCUCAAGGCGCUGGAAGCUGACAUUCAGAUCAUUGAGCCAUGUUCCAGCGAUGAGGAAGUCCAGCGAUUCAUCAAGCACCACGCCUUACUCCAUGAUCCCGUCGGACGUCCUUCGCACCGCUUCCUCAUCAUCCCCACCGUCGAUGGUCAUGUUUUCGGCCAUUUCGAGAUCAGCCAUGCUCUGGUCGACGCUUCUUCCGUUCAACUCCUCGUGAACGACCUACUCGGAGCUUACGAGUCUGUCUCGCCCACCAAAACAUCAAUCUCUCUGUCGCGCAACUCCGACUACGGCAGCUACGUCUCCUUCCUCGAGCAACACCGUCACUCCGAACAAGAAGAUCUCCAGUACUGGAAAGAUCUUCUCGAGACUGCAGAGCCAUGCCAUCUUCAACUCGACCAACAACAGCACGACACCUCGGAGAUGGAAACAGGCCACGCCGUCACAGCUCACAUCCCCGAUGUCUCUGUCCUUCGUGACAUGUGUCGCAACUACAACGUCACCGCUGCAAACGUUACUCAAUUAGCUUGGGCAUUGGUGCUAGCUUCGCGCGUGGAGCUGAACCAGAUUUGCUUCGGAUACCUUUCCAGCGGCCGUGACAUUCCAAUCGAUGGUGUUGAGAGGCUCGUUGGACCUAUGAUCAAUAUGAUGAUCUGCUAUGUCCAAUUGGACUAUAACUCCACCACUGUUGAUGUCAUCCGAGAAAUUCAGGAUCGGUUCUUCAAAGGGUUUGAUCACCAGCGUGCUUCGUUGGCGUCAAUUCAGCAUUCUCUCCAGGGAACACAGCAGCAGACACUCUUCAACACCACCGUUUCAUACACCCGUGCACUAAACAUGGACGGUGCCACAGAGAACAACUCUAUUAAGCUUGAGCGCGCAUCAGCCGAUGAAUCAACAGAGUAUGACUUCAACCUAAGCAUUCUCGAGAAUGAUCAGAGCCUCGACCUUGUUCUUCAAUACAUCCCCGGCGUCGCAAGCCACGAAGUCGCCCAGCGUCUGCUCAACCAGCUCAAGCAUGUCAUCCAGGUCCUCAGCCAACACACAACCUCCACCCUCGCUGAUCUCGACCUCGUACCAACGGAGGAGAAACAUGCUAUCGUAGCGAAGAACAGAGACGUUCCCAAGCCCGUUGCUUCGACUAUCCAUGCUUUGUUCCACGAAGUUUAUGAGCGUCGACCAGAUGAGAUGGCCGUCUACGCAUGGGAUGGCAUCAUGACUUUCCGAGAGUUGGAAGUCGCUGCUGGCAAUCUUGCUGGUUAUCUCAUGGAUCUUGGUGUCGGACCCGAGAUUAUGGUUGGUAUAUGCAUGGAUAAGUCGCGCUGGGCUGUUGUCGCGAUGUUAGCUGUGCUCAAGGCAGGUGGUAUUGUAUUGCCCAUGGGUGUGCAGCAGCCAUUACCCCGAGUGCAGACAAUCAUCACCGAUACCAAGGCCCCAAUCAUCCUCGUCGAUGACAAACAACUCGAGCGUCUUGCAGAAACAGGUCCUCGUCUCAUCAAAGUCGACGCUGCGCUUCAAAACACCCUCAAGCCCAGCACAGCUGUCUGCUCUACCGUCACUACCGACAACGCCGCUUGGGUAGUCUACACCUCCGGAAGUACAGGAACGCCCAAGGGCGUCGUUCUGCAGCAUUCAGCUCUAUGCUCUAGCAUCCGCUCACACGGCGACGCGUUCGGGGUACGAGAUGGAUCAAGAGUUCUUCAAUUCGCGUCGCAUACCUUUGACGUCACCAUUCAAGAGGUGUUCACAACGCUCUGCCAGGGCGGAUGUACUUGUAUUCCCUCUGAAGACGAGCGCAUCAAUCACUUGCAGGCCUUCAUCGCCAAAGCAGAGGUCAACUUCCUAUCUCUCACCUCGACAGUCGCGGGCCUAUUAGACCCCGCGCAGCUCCCUCUCGUCAAAACAGUUAUCCUCAUGGGUGAGCCCGUCAAGCCAGCAGUCAUGGACUUGUGGAAAGACCAAGCUAUGGUGUUGGAGUCAUACGCACCCUCAGAAUGCAGCAUUUACGCCACGGUUUCCCCAAGACCCAUGAAGCACAUCAGCCAAGUUCCUGUGCUGGGUAUCCCACUCGCCAGCUGCUUCUGGGUCGUCGAUCCAAAGGACUUUGACCGUCUUGUGCCCAUCGGUGCGCCUGGCGAGUUACUCAUCGAGGGACCACUAUUAGCACGCGGCUAUCUCGGCGACGAGGUCAAGACAGCGAAAUCCUUCCUGAUUGAUCCUGACUUCACCAAGCAUCAUGGCCUGCAGCCUGGAAGAAGGAUGUACAGAACGGGCGAUCUCGUCCGACAAAACAGCGACGGCUCGUACACAACGCUAGGACGCAGAGAUACACAGAUCAAGAUCCGUGGUCAGCGUGUUGAAUUUGGCGAGAUCGAAUACUGGGUUGUGCGUUCAGCACCCGAGAUCUCACAAGCUGCUGUUAUGCUACUCGAUGGCCCUGCCGGUCAAUCUUCAGUGCUUGCCGUAGCGCUAGAAAUUGUUGAUGGUGGGGAAACCAGUGCUGUGGAUAAUAAUCUACAGGGCUUGUCGCAGGCUGAUUUGCUGGAGCCUACGAUCGCCAUGCGAGAGUCAUUCGAGGAAGUUCGAGGACAUCUCAUUUCUGUACUGCCGCGAUACAUGGUCCCAGAGAUAUUCAUUCCCAUGUCGCGACUGCCUCUCAACUCUUCAGGAAAACUUGACCGCCGAGCGAUUGACUUGUUCUUGAAGGGGAUGAAGCCAGAAGAGCUAGACAUUUACCGUCCCAAUGCAGCGGCCAAGGCAGAUGUAUCUACCGAGACUGAGCGACAACUCCAACAGCUUUGGGCUAGCGUUCUCGGGAGACCUGCCAAUACUGUUGGAGCCAAGGACAGUUUCUUCCAUCUCGGCGGCGACUCCAUCACCGCGAUGCGUCUCGUCGAAGCAUCGCGCAGCACAAACAUGCUCCUCCGCGUCGCCGAUGUCUUUGAACACCCUCGUCUCUCCGAACUCGCUAGCAUUCUAGACUCUCGAACUGCUGAAGGACACGACCAAUCAUCGCUGGUGCCAAUCCCGGCGCCAUUCUCUCUCUGGCCCGAACACGGCGCCGAGAAACAAGUGGGUCUCCGUGCCGAGAUUGCGGAGCGGUGCGGUGUCAUGGCGGAGCAGAUUGAAGAUGUUUAUCCUUGCACGCCACUUCAAGAGGGAUUGCUUCUUACGACUGUUCGGCAACCGACCGCUUAUAUCAGUCGAAGAAUUUUCUCUUUGAGUGAUGAGAUCAAUGUUUCGCGACUUCAGGCUGCUUGGCAGAAGAUGGCUGAGGCGGCGCCUGUUUUGCGAACCCGUAUUCUAUUGGGUCUCACCUCCGGCUCAGUGCAAGUCGUUGUGAAUGAACCUCUUGAAUGGCACACUGCCUCUUCGCUCGAAGAAUACAUCGACCACGACAGUGCAUUGAGCAUGAGCGAGGGCAAACCACUCAUGCGUUUCGGCCUCGUGGAGUCUAACGGCGAACGUCUUCUCGUCUGGACAGCUCACCACAGCGUCUACGACGGCUGGAGCUUAACAAUGAUGUACCGCCAAGUAUCCAACAUGUACUGGCACGACGCGACACCAAUCUCAGCACCAUACACGCCAUUCAUCGCUUAUCUCGGCCAAGCUGAUGCGACCAUAGCCGCGAGCUAUUGGCGCCAGCAGCUUCAGGGUAACCCCACUGCCUUCCCUGCUCUGCCCUCCAUGCGAUACCAGCCUCAGCCGCGACAGAAGCUUGUGCAGAGCCUUGACUUUGUUCGACAAGGAAAGUCUGAGGUUUCGUUGUCGAAUUUGUUGCGUGCGGCUUGGGCGCUUAUGGUUGCGCAGUAUUCUGGUAGCAAUGAUGUUGUUUUUGCGGCUACGCUUUCGGGGCGGAAUGCGCCUGUGCAUGGCAUUACUGAGAUGCUGGCGCCGACUAUCACUACUGUUCCUGUGAGGGUUUGCAUCAAUUCAGCUACCAACGCUCGCGAGUUCCUCCAGAAUGUACAGCAACAGGCGACGGAUAUGAUUCCUUUCGAGCACACAGGCCUCCAACGCAUCGCGGAACUUGUCCCCGACACAGCCGCUGCCCUUGACAUGCAGCACCUCUUUGUCGUUCAGCCUGCUGCAGAUAGCGACGAUGCAUCGGCCGAGUUCCCUGGUCUUGUACAUCGACAGGACAUGUCUGAGCAGUUCGAUGACUAUGCGCUCACCGUGGAGUGCAGCAUCGGAUCAAAGGGCAUCUCGAUUGAAGCCCGAUUCGACGGUGCAGUCAUUUCAACAGCGCAGAUGCAGCGCAUGUUGCAGUCUUUCGCUCACAUUGCCAGUCAAUUGGAGCAAGCCGAGAGUGGUACCGACAGCACCCGCAUCUCCGACAUGGAUACGCUGAGCCCUCAGGAUAUGGAUCGCAUUCUCUCUAUCAACAGCGGUCCCAUCCCCAGCGUCGAGCGCUGUGUACACGACCUCAUCCUCGACAUGGUAUCCCACCAACCCGACGCAACAGCCAUAAGCGCAUGGGACGGCACACUCAGCUACAAACAACUCAAACAACUCUCAGGAAAACUCUCCGAUAAUCUCGUCAGUCUCGGCGUUCGUCACGGCACCAGUGUUGGCGUGUGCAUGGAUAAAUCUCAAUGGGCUGCUGUUUCAAUGCUAGCCAUCCUACGGGCUGGUGGUGUUGUCGUUCCACUGGGUGUACAGCUCCCUCUUGGUCGUAUCAAGCUCAUUGUAGAUGAUGCGAACGUCAGUGUUGUACUGGCUGAUCAGAAGCAGACUGAGCGGCUGGCUGGUUUGAACUUGGAGAUGUUUACUGUUGAUGAGUCGUUGCGCAAGAGGGUCGUUGUCAGUGACGUCGGUAUCCCAGAUCGAUGGUACACUCGCGUCACUGAGAUCAACGUCAAUCAGCCAGCCUGGAUUGUGUAUACCUCUGGCAGUACAGGUACACCAAAGGGUGUUGUUCUUACUCAUGCCGGUAUCUCGUCUAGUCUGGACAGUCAGAAGAAGGUCUUUGGUCUCAGCAAAACUUCUCGAGUACUUCAAUUCGCAGCACAUACCUUUGAUGCUGCUAUCCAAGAGAUCUUCACCGCGCUGUCUGCUGGAGCAUGUGUCUGCGUGCCGUCUGAGGAUGAGAGGAUGAGCGAUCUGCAGCAUUUCAUCAUUGAAAGGGCGGUCAACUUCCUGUCUAUCACACCUACGGUCGCUGAGCUUCUUACACCAUCUCAGCUACCUAACAUCAACACGGUAGUAUUGCUCGGUGAACCUGUCAAGCCGUCAGUUCUUGACUUGUGGAUGGAUCAUCAUGCAGAUAUUCUCGGCGGUUACGGCCCAACCGAAUGUUCCAUCUACGCCAUCGUGUCAGCAGCCCCAUUCACAGACAGGAAGCAAGCUAACGUCCUCGGCUCUCCGCUGCCAAGCUGUCGUGUUUGGGUUGUCCAUCCUGAUGACCACAACAAACUUAGCCCAAUUGGUGCCCCAGGAGAGCUUCUCAUCGAAGGUCCCCAGGUUUCGCAGGGCUAUCUGAACGAUGCAGCCAAAACAGAUGGCGCAUUCAUCACAGACCCUGGCUUUACAGCGCGUUACGGCUUGGGCAACGGACAUCGCAUGUACCGUACAGGCGACUUGGUUCAACAAAACGACGAUGGGACAUACACCAAUCUCGGUCGUCGGGAUACGCAGGUCAAGAUUCGCGGUCAGAGAAUUGAGUUGGGAGAGAUUGAGUACUCAGUGGUACAAUCAUCGGAGGAUAUUAGAUCAGCAGCGGCUGUGUUUGUAAAGAGGGAGGAUAGACCUACAAUUGCAGUAGCGGUGGAAGUUGGAGAGGGACAAGUUGGAGAUGGAAUGUUGGCUCCUUCGGAGACGCUACAGAAAGCGUGGGAGGAGAUUCGCAUCAGGCUCGCAGAGGUGCUGCCUCAGUACAUGAUCCCCGAUUUCUUCAUCCCUAUAAGUAAGUUGCCGGUGAACUCAUCAGGCAAGCUUGAUCGUCGGGCAAUCACUGCGGUGUUGGAGGAUAUGGAUGACAACAAAUUGGAGGAGUAUCGCCUUACGACAGGCGCCCGGUUGGUUCCAGUCACGACGGACAUGGAGAAACAACUUCAGCAGCUCUGGAGUCAAGUGCUUCGACGACCCGCGGAGUCAAUCGGCGCAAGCGAUAACUUCUUCCAUCUCAACGGAGAUUCACUUGCUGCUAUUCAGCUCGUCGCAGCUGCAAGGGCAGUUGACAUCAAGAUGACUGUCGCUCAAAUCUUCCAGAGCCCUGUCUUGAGAGACCUUGCUACACAUCUCGAACAAGCUACGCACUCACAUGAGACAAGAAGCCAUCAUAUUGAAGGUGUCGACCAAGCAACACAAGCCGCGAUCAAGGCUACACUUCCUAGCCACUUCAACGUCGAGAAGGUCCUCGAAACAACCGAGUUCCAAUCCCUUGUUCUCCACGAACAUACACAAGGCCGAUGGCUCAUGCACGCCACAAUCACAUACAAUCAAAAAGUCGACAGACAACGCGUCCACAGAGCGCUCCAAACCACAGUCGACAAAAACGAAGUCCUCCGAACAGUCUUCACCCAGCACGACGGAAAAUCCUACCAAGCCAUCCUCAACAACUUCACCGUUCCCUUCCAAGAACACAUCGCCCCCACGGGCCUAUCCACCUUCUGCAAGUCCCUCGUACAAGAAGACCAGAAGAAACAUCUUGAGCUUCACGAACCCCCCUUCAAGACAUGGUUCGUGCAAGGCGAGCACAAGGAUAGUCUUGUGGCUAGGAUCUCCCACGCUCAGUAUGACGGCAUGUCGUUGCCGAUUUUCUUCCAGCAGCUGCAGGUGUGGGGUGAGCCUGAUGUUGAGGUUGAGGUUGAGGCGCCGCGACAGAUGUCGUAUUACAUUGAUGCGCUGAGGGCGAUUGAUACGAAGCCCGCGAUGAGGUUCUGGGGUGAUUUGCUGCAGGGCUCGAGCAUGGCUCGUCUGCCUGGUGCUUCGCAAACAAGCAAGGCUAUGACAGGCUCUUAUAUCGUCAAGACGGUACUGUCGCCAAAGGUUGAAGGGUCGGGACUCACGGUGUCAUCGUACCUCAAGGCAGCUUGGGCAAUGGUCCUCGCCAAGGCAACAGGGACAUCGGACGUUGUCUUUGCCCAUCUCGUCUCCGGUCGUUCGCUACCAAUCGACGACAUCGAAAAGGUCAACGGUCCAUGUGUCAACCUCAUCCCCAUCCGCGUCAACACCGCCCAGCCCCAGUCUACCAUUCUUCAACAAGUCCACCAACAGCACAUCUCAGCCUUGCCACACGAACAUCUCGGCUGGGAAACCAUCUUCCGCCAGUGCACAAACUGGAACACCCCAACAGAUCAAAUCCCUCGCUUCUCUUCUAUUCUGCAAUACCAGAAUUUGCCCGAGGCUCAGAAGAGCUUUGGCAUGCAUGGCGCUGAGUGCAGUGUUGACUACACUGUUGUACCGCCUAAUGUUACGGACGUUUGGGUCACGGUUGAGCCCAAGGGUGGUGAGAUGAGUAUUGUGGCGGGAUACUCGGAGGAGGUUAUCGCUUCAGAGGUGGUGGAGGGAUUGAUGGAGGAUCUUUGUGAGGUUCUGAAGGGGAUUGAGGCUUGAGAUUGAUAGCGCACGACUUUCCUAAUGUUAGUUCUUUUAAGAGUAUUAUUUACUGGAGUUUGGAGUUGGGCUUGGUGCUAUUUAUUGUAUUUACAGAUCGAAAUUGGCUGGGCUUUCAUAGGAAAUAUGUCUCUUUCUUCUCUUUAA